AGUGGUGAUAUUUUGAGUUAUGAAGCCACUCACAAACCGCCAACUAGUAAUGAAGGAUAUCAAUACCUCAGAUUCCCUUUGGCAAUCAACACCUUGCACUGGAAAAUCCUUGAUUUACAAGUGUUUUUUUCCAAUGUUUUUCCACUCAAACCUCUAUGUCGUGCGGGGAUUUUCCACGUUUGGUCGAUUUGCAGCAGGUCUCCGGCUCGAAGACACCGUUAAUAGAGGUGGACUUUCAGUGUUCCAAACCUACUUGGGCCGCUGCGCCAACGGCUAACAUCAUGACCAUCGAUGAGGAUGCGUUGUUGGGAGAAGUGCCAGCCCCUGUGGGCAAAGGAAAGAGCGACUGCAGUUCCCAGCCAAAGGCGUGUGCCAACUGUAGCUGCGGCCGGAAGGAACUCGAGGACAAGUUCGGCGCCGAGGAGGCAAAGCAGAGAUUGGAGCAAGGUAAGGAGAGAUCUUCUUGCGGCAGUUGCUACCUGGGUGAUGCCUUCAGAUGCGAGACUUGCCCAUACCGAGGGCUUCCAGCAUUCAAGCCUGGCAGCAAGGUGGAACUCGCCACGGGCGAAAUCUUGGGAACAGGGCAGUUGGACCUGCGAGUGGCUGAUGAGUCGGUGGAGGACGACUUGCACUUUGCUACCGCCUGAUGUCCACAGCCCUCAGUAAUGCCUGAGAUCCGUUUCACACCGCCCCAAAGGCUGGAGAGGUAACAAGAUACUGGAG